AUGUCUGGCGUCAAGUCUCGGCUAUCAGGUCUCCUUGGCCACAUUGGCGGCGCUUCUUCGUCUCCGACCUUUGAGCACAGAAUCAAUCAUCAUACGUUGUCACCUACCUUCUUUCUACCCCGUGCUGCGGCAAUUGAACCCAACGCCGAGGCUAUUUACCAUGUAACCGCCAACAACAAGGUCCUGCGCAGGACUUACGGUGAAACUGCGGACAGAGCCAGAGGUCUGGCGUACUACAUCAAGAAGCAUGGGUUCACCAGAGUGGGAAUUCUCUGUCCCAAUACCCCAGCUUUCCUCGAGUCGAUCUUCGCAAUUGCUGCUGCUGCUGCUGUCAAUGUCGCUGUGAAUUAUCGUCUCAAGCAAGAAGAUAUUGCUUACAUAUUUGACCACGGUGAUGCACAGGUCAUCAUCGUCGAUGCAGAAUUUGUUCCCCUUUUGGAGACUUAUCGAUCCCAACACCCUCAUAUUCCGAUCAUUGUAGAUACCGACAUCGAUGCAACCGAGGGAGAGUUGACGGGUCCCUUUGACCAUGCAGUCUUGGAGGGGUUGAGGCAUGACUUGGAGACCGGUGCUCAGGGCUGGCAAGGCCUUGAGACCCAAGCCGUUGAUGAGGAGUCUACCCUUGCAUUGGCAUAUACCAGUGGGACAACAGCUCGACCCAAGGGUGUCGAGUUCAGCCACCGUGGCGCUUAUCUGGCGACUUUGGCGAAUGUGAUCGAAUCCGGCCUCAACUACGACAAUGGACGUGCUCGCUAUCUUUGGACACUGCCGAUGUUCCAUGCCAUGGGAUGGACAUUCCCAUGGGCAGUUACAGCGGUUCGUGGAACCCAUUACUGCUUACGCAAGAUAGACUACCCCGAGAUCUGGAGAUUGCUAAAAGAAGAACAUAUCACUCAUUUCAACGCCGCACCUACUGUGAAUACAUUACUUUGCAAUGCCAAAGAGGCAGAAAAGCUGCCCGAACCUGUCCGCGUCACAGUGGCAGCAAGCCCGCCCACGCCUCAUCUUUUUGAACAAAUGACAAACCUCAACUUGCAUCCUGUACAUGUUUACGGAAUGACCGAGACGUACGGUCCAAUCACCAAGGGUUACCACUUGCCAGAAUGGGACACUAUUGAUCUCAAGGAGAAGUACAAGAAAAUGGCCCGCCAAGGCCAUGGUUUCAUUACAAGUCUUCCUGCACGGGUCAUCAAGACAGAAGUACCCGAGGGGAUUAUUGCCGAUGUUCGCAGGGAUGGUCAGGAAAUCGGGGAGAUAGUCUUUGUCGGGAACAUUUGUGCUCGGGGAUACUAUAAAGACCCCGAGGCAACUCGCAAACUUUUUGCAGGAGGAGUAUUGCACUCUGGAGACCUGGCUGUGUGGCAUCCUGAUGGAGCGAUUCAGAUCCUCGAUCGUGCAAAGGAUAUCAUCAUCAGUGGUGGCGAAAAUAUAUCCUCCGUAGCGCUCGAGUCUAUGCUGGUCACGCAUCCUGACAUUUUGGAAGCUGGUGUUGUCUCAGUUCCUGACUCCCAUUGGGGCGAACGACCCAAGGCUUUUGUCACAGUCAAACCGGGCAAGAGCCUGGAAGGUUCUGAAGUGAUCACCUGGGCCCGGAAUGCCAGCGGCAUCAGCAAGUUUAUGAUUCCCCGAGAGGUGGAAGUGGUGCCAGAGCUUCCCAAGACUAGCACUGGUAAGAUUCGGAAGAAUAUUCUCCGUGACUGGGUGAAGGGCCGAACUGAAGCAUAG